AUGACGUCGCCUUAGGGUUUAUACAAGUAUCAAGGUCAUCUCCUCAUCUCUCUCAUUCGCUCGGUGUACUUCAGGCCUUCGCUUCCGACAUGGCUUUUGCGAAAGCUCAAAAGACGAAAGCAUACUUCAAACGCUAUCAGGUCAAGUACAAGAGAAGAAGAGAUGGCAAGACAGACUAUCGGGCUAGGAUUCGUCUCAUUAAUCAAGACAAGAACAAGUACAACACUCCCAAAUACCGCUUUGUUGUUAGAUUUACUAAUAAGGAUAUUACAGCGCAAAUAGUAUCUUCUAGCAUUGCUGGUGAUAUGGUUCUUGCCGCAGCUUAUUCUCAUGAGUUACCUAAUUAUGGUCUUGAAGUUGGUCUAACAAAUUAUGCGGCAGCUUACUGUACUGGACUUCUCUUGGCUCGUCGUGUCUUGAAGAAGCUUGAGAUGGACAAAGAGUACGAGGGUAAUCUCGAGGUCACCGGAGAGGAUUUCUCUGUGGAACCCACAGACAGCCGAAGGCCCUUCAGAGCUCUCCUUGAUGUUGGUCUAGUCCGAACAACAACGGGAAACCGUGUUUUUGGUGCACUCAAGGGAGCUUUGGAUGGUGGAUUGGAUGUUCCACACAGUGUCAAGAGGUUUGCUGGUUUUUCAAAGGACAGCAAGGAGCUCGAUGCUGAGGUUCACCGCAAAUACAUAUUUGGCAGGCACGUCGCUGAUUACAUGAGGUCCUUGAUGGAGGAUGAGCCAGAUAAGUAUCAAUCUCACUUCAGCGGAUACAUCAAAAAGGGAAUUGAUCCCGACAGCAUCGAAGAGGUGUUGAAGAAAGUUCACGCUGCUAUUCGUUCAGAACCGUUGGCGAAGAAAACUGAGAAGCAACCACCAAAGGAGCACAAGAGGUUUAACUUGAAGAAGCUCACGUAUGAAGAAAGGAAGGCCAAGUUGGUUGAGCGUUUGAAUGCGUUGAAUUCUGCUGCUGGAGCUGAUGAAGAUGACGAUGAUGAGUGAUUCAACACGACGAGCAUGUAUUUCAACCAAUUCUAUCAUUACAAACCAUUUAGUUUAAGUGAGAAGAUCCAUAGAUUUUUUUUUUUUUUUGAUAUUCUCCUAGGGCGAUUUUGCAGCUUUUGAGGCGUUUCUGUCAUCUAUAUGUUUUAGUUUUAGUUGCACAGUUCAAUUAUGAGAAUCUGGGUAUGAAGAUAUUAACUUGUUUCUGUCAUCUACAUGUUCUAGUUUUAGUCGGCAAAGUUCAAUUAUGAGAUUCUGGGUAUGAAGAUGUUAACUUGUUUUUCUGAUUUGCCAA